CGCAGAGUAGCCCCUCUCGCCACCGCAAAGCUCUCACACACAGACUGCACAGUUGCUACCGAAGCCCUUUAACUUUGCCGGUACGCUCUCCGCCGCUGGCAUAACCUGUUUUAUUUGAAGGUGCGCUUUAAUGAUUACGCUGUGUUGUGAAUUACUUACCCCCUCGUUACACAGUAGUGUCCCGGUACAGUGCUAGUGCGGCCACCCCUUCCUUGUGCUGCUGUGUAUUUUCCCUCCAAAACUACUUCCAUCACUAACAGAUUAGCAUGUCCGAAGAGGUUGUAGUGAGUCCGCCCAAAGAAAAUGAAGCACCGGCCCAAGAGAUAAUCGAACUCUCCAAGUCCGAAGACAAAAAAGACAUCGAAGACGAGGAAAGGGAAAAAAUGCUGAACGAAGAAAACAAAAAGGAAUUAGGUGAAGUGGAGAAGAAAAAGAAGGCUUUGGAAGAAGCUGCAGAAAGGGAAGGAUCGAGGAAAAGGAUACCGACAGGAGGCAUCAAGAUUCCUGGUUUCUUGAGAAGCAGAUCGAGAGAUAAGAAUAAGGAUGGUGAUGGGGAGAAAGAUGAGGAGGUAGACCUGUUGGAACCUCCUUGCACAGCCACCACGGUAGGCAGUGAUGACGAAAAGACUGAUAACCAAACAAGUGCCAAGACCAAGUUUUCCUUCAAGAAUCCCUUCAGCAAAAAGAAGAAGCCUGAGGAUACGCCAGCAGAAGAAGAAGGAGAGGAGAUACCAAUAGAAAAGCGGCCGGGCUUCCUACACGCUAUUAAACUGCCUCUAGUCUCAGUCUUACCAAGGAAAUUGAAAUCAACGAAGGAGCCAGAUUUAGAAGAAGGUGGAGGAUCCACAACACCAAAGCCUGCAGGAUUGGCCUCUAUGGAAACUCUGGACGACAGUAACGGCUCUACCAAACACUCGGACGACAAGACUGACGAAGGAUUGGAAACUGUCAAACUUGAUUCUAGUGUCGAGGAGAAAGCAGCCUUAGAUACUGAAAAGAAUUCUGACGAGAAGAAAGUCUGGGAUAGAAACGCUCUGAUGGAUCGUCUAGCUUCACUAAAAGAAUUCAGGUAUAUCAUCGCGGGAGUGGUUAUAUUCCUGAUUCUGCUCAUUAUCAUAGUUGUGAUCGCAAUUGCUGGUCCAAGACCUAUCACUGCCUCUCCAAUCAUUAACGGCCGAUAUGUUCGUGCCGUCACAUCUUGUGGGGAAGUUGAAGGAAUUUUAGAUGAUGGAGCUGUAGUGUUCAGAGGCAUCCCAUAUGCCAGAUCGCCUACCGGAGACCGAAGAUGGAGGAAACCAGAGCCAUUCCUGUUGGAAACUUGCUGGAACGACACGCUGAAGGCUCACAACGCCAGUGAUACCUGCUGGCAAGUUUAUAGCAACGGAACAAUCAAUGGGAAUGAGAAUUGUCUCACAUUAGACAUCGUUACGCCCCAAGUGCGCUACAUCAAUCCACUACCAGUGGUUGUGUUAUUCGGGGCUGAUUCGCUCACAGGUGGAUCACCGGGGCACUUAGAACUACCGUCUCCGAGGCUGGCUCGUAUCCGAGAUGUGAUUUUCGUGAGACCCAACUUCCGCAUGGGUGUCCUGGGCUAUCUUGCCGCCAAGGCUCUUACGAAUUCCACCUAUCCUCACACCUCAGGCAACUAUGGGCUCUUGGAUGCUGUAGAGGCCCUCAGGUGGGUCAAGAAUAACAUCGUCCACUUCGCAGGUGACCCCAAGGCCAUCACAGUGCUGGGCCAUCGUGCAGGUGCUACCAUGCUUACUGCCAUCGCUGCCUCCCACAAGGUUGAGGAUUUGUUCGCGCAAGCCUGGCUCUCAAGUGGAUCAGCUAUAUUCCCAGGGAUACCGCUGGUGGAGUCGGAACAACAAUCUCAGGAUCAGUACAUCCACAAGCUCAACUGCAACGAGAGGGAUGAUGCUUGCUUGCGGCGCUUGGAUGUGGAAGAGCUGAUUGAUAAUGUCCCAGAGUCUUGGAUGAAAGUGGAGCAUGAUCUCCCACGGGUCGAUGAGAACGUGGAGCAGAAACAUCAGUGGCUUGUGCAGGAUGGUGUUAUCAUCAAGGAACAUCUGUCCGAAGUGUGGAAGCGAGGGAACUUGUCUGUCAAAGUUGUUAUAGGUACAACAGCUCACGCAGACGCUACCAAGGCUUUGUACGAGGAAAAGCCAGAGUGGACAGAAGAGGAGGUGAAGGCGAAGAUUGCCAACAGUAUGCUCGGUAACAACAUCACAGAUUUAUUCAAGAGAUACAACGCGACUUGGUCAGGCCUUGCCUCCAUGAUCUCAGACAUCCGUACUAUUUGUCCUCUACUCAAUCUCGCUAGGCAGAUCCCUUCGACGCCCUUCUACGUUGUCACUGAGCCCCGUGGCGAUUUACAAGUAGCAGACGUCAAUUUUGAUGUUGAUGCGAUCCUUGAGCACUACACUCCCAAGACUUCUGAACAACGCAGAUAUUUUGCAGCCAUACAACAGAUAUUUUACCGAUUUGUGUCUCUCGGCAAAUUCGACCAGCACCCUUCUGAUGCCUCCAACAACAAGAUCCUGCUGAUCGGUCAGGAUGCCCUCACACACGCUGAUUACCCCAACUGUGAUCUAUGGAUCGCAAAUGACUACGUGCCUCGGUACGCUAGAAUUGAUUAGAAAACCAAAAGAGCCGUGUACGCUUCUGCUUUUGUAAAUAUGUGAGAAAAUUUUCAUACAGUAAAAUUAUUAUAUCUUGGCAGCUUCAGUUAGUUUUUCAGAGGAACUUUUAUGACGAUGUUGCUUUCUCUCUAAAAAUACAGCUAUUUGAAAUUCCAGAGUAUUAUUUAAGUAAUGAAGUCACUUUAGUCAGAUAAAACUGAAAAGUGAAUUGGAAAAUAUAUUUAUAUAAAUUUGAAUAGAGUUCAACACAUAUCCAAAAAUGUUUUAAAGAAAAUACUUACAUAUUAUGUUUGACUUGUCAGCAUAUACUUUAAUGUCCAUGACAUUUGCCUCGUGAUAUUGCUAUUGUACAGCAUAAAUUUAUUUAUUGAAAUAUACUUUUACACUGUAUAUAUUAUAAUGUUGUAUAUUAUUAAGUGAUUAUAUUAUAAUUUAUUUUAGGUAUAAGCUAUGUAUAGCAUAUUAAUUGUGUUCACUUUUUUGUUACUGUGUUUCUUUUUGUUACUGUAUCAAGCUAUGAUUUUAUUUCCAAUAUGUUGUGUUUCAAUUACUGCAAUAUAACUACCACUGGCUUUAUUAGUUAGUUGUUCUAAAAUAGUGCAUUGCUAUAUAUUACACCAACUUAUGAGUUAUAAAUCACAGGAUUGUAAACAUUUUGUUAAUACAUGUGUUUUACUUCAUGGACGUCUAUAGAUUAUACUUGUAUAAGCUAUUUAUUUAAAAGUGUAUAAUUUUUGUAAAGAAAAAUCCAGAUUUAUCAUAUGACGAAUGCUUACUAAUUGUAUAGUAUCCGUCAAAACUGUAAUAGCAUAUGCAACAUAGUCUAUGUUGCUUACUGAAAUAAUUAUAAUAUACAAACAAUGGAACAUUUAAGUUGAAUGCGUAAUUCUGAAAUGAACCAAAUAGUUUAUAUUUUUAGACACUUUCUUAUAUUAAAAGAAAUUUAAUUUUUACUGUUAUAAUUUUUAAGGUAUGGUUAUGGAUCACUCCUUAAAUUGAACAUUUCCACUAUAUAGGCUCUCAGGCAAGAAUAAUGAUACCAACAAUUAUUUUCCAAAAACCUGUGCAUUGAAAAAGCCAAGAAAAUUCUAAAAUUAAAAUGUGAUAAACAUUACAACUUUUACAUUUUUAUAAUAGAGAGUUUUAGCUUUUAUAGGUACAGAGUGAUAAUCACAAGUUUUUUACACUGUCAGUGAUAUUUUGUAAGUUAGAGUGAAAUAUAUUUUGACUGCCUAACGAAAAGAACUGAUCUCAAUAGUUAAGUAACUAACUGAAAAUGUUAGAAUUGUAUAGAGUAGUAAAGUUGUAAAAUUAGUAAUACAAGUUAAAUAAACAAUUUUGCUACUCAAGUGAUACAAAGAAAUGCAGACUUUCUAUGAACAUGUAUACAAAAAUUGUAUUAAUUUUCCUUUUGAGUAAUAUAUUUAUUUAACUUAAACCAGAACAGUCAACUAUUUAAUUGAGGUUAAGGUACACCAGAGUUGGAUCUUGAUUUUUCAACUAAUUCUUGCUAUAAACCUGGAACCUUCUAUACUUUUAAUUUAACACCAAAUUCCUAAUUAUAAUUACAAUGUUACUUAUGUAAAAGUAUAAAAUACUCGUUAUUAACCUGUGAGGAUUGUUUUUACAUUAACCCUGUAAGCAGCAGUCAAAAACUUACCAAACCUCAGCUGAUUUUGGGCUUCUUGCAGAGGUUCACCAUUUUCCUUCUACUAGUAGAAUACACACAUCAAACCCAAACGCCAUAGUUGCAUAUAUUUUUGUAAUCGGGGUUAGUUUUAGUAUAUAUGAUUAUAAUAAAAGAAAUCAUUUUAGAAAUAAACAAAAAAAAGGGUUGUGAUGGUUUAUACUCUUUUGUUGUUUUCUAUUUGUAUACCAUUCAAGAGGAGACACCUGUACAAAAUUGUAAAAAAAUUUUUUAAUCCAGGAUUUACAAAAUAUUCUAAAUUUAAUAGUUUUUAUAAAAAACUUAGAAUUUUUGUAUACUUCAUACAUUUUUCUUAUUAUGAUAUUUUGAUGCAGCACUUUUUGUUUCCAAAAAUGACGCUGUUUAUGUCUACGAUGAAAGUGGGUAUUAAUUGCAUAAACAUACAACAUAAAUCACUUUUGUACAAAAGAUUACAAGCACAUAAUAAAAAUAUCGUUACUGACCUUUGUUGUUUUUUAAGAACAUUGAACGAAUUUGAUCACAAACUAAAAAUGUAUUUUACAACAAAUAUCUUUUUAAAAAAUUGCAAGUUCAAUUGGUAAUUAAAAAUUCUAGGAAUAAUCGCUCAUUUUUCACAAUUAAAAAAAGUUAAUAUUUUAACUUAGAGAAUUACUACACAAUUCAAAUCCAAGUAAAACUCUCCAGCUUUCAGGAAGUGCAAUUAAAAUUUCAUAAACUCACAUAAUUAUUAAUUUGUGAGCUACUUGAUGAUCAAUUUUUUUAUCAACUGUAGUGUAACAAAUGUUUAUAUGUAAGCCUUAGUUAUAAAAUUCAUAGAUCGAAAACUAUAAAUUGGACGUACAAACACUGAAUUAACAAUUUUUCUAUAAAGUUAGAUGUUGACAUUGGUGCCAACUGCAAGGUUCUAUAACAAAUAAUAACAUCAGUGGAAUGUUCUCAAUGCAACAAUUUCCUCGUUGCUAGACAAGCAGUGGUGAAAUGGGGAUUACAAAAUUUUAGUGACUGCUUAUAGGGUUAAAGUUAUUGAAGACAAUUGUAAUGUAACGCAAAAUUCCGAUAAAGCAUGUGCAUUAUGUGUCACAACUUGAUAUGUUUUAGUUUUGUUUUUAUUGCAUAAAAAUACUUCUCACAUGGUUUUAAGAAAUAUUACAUGCAAUAAAUUUAAAAGUAAACUAAAUUCAGUUUUAUACUAGUGUACGUACAAAAUUUAUUUACUCAGAAGAACAUGUUGGUAAAACGUGUUUGAAUGCGUAUUAAUAAGAGCUUUAAAUUGAAACUUCUCCUAUCAAAAAGAAGGGUGUAAAAAUGAAUAUAGUUAAACAUUGUUCUUAGGGAGUAAAACUUAAGUUUGUUUAACUACAGCCAGGUGAUAGUUGCUGCUAAGCUUUUGAAGAAAGUUUUCAGUUAAUAUACUUUCAGAGAAGGUUGCAGGUUGUUAAAAAAAUACUCAAAAAUCGUCUUCUCCUAUUCUGGUAC